AUGAGCUACUGUAAGGGCAGCUACUAUGGAGGCCUGGGCUAUGGCUAUGGCUCUGGCUCUGGUUAUGGCUGUGGAUGUGGCAGCUUCCGUGGCCUAGGCUGUGGAUUUGGCAGCUAUGGCUAUGGAGGCCUGGGCUGUCGUAGUUACGGCUACGGAGGCCUGGGCUGUGGUAGUUAUGGCUAUGGAGGCCUGGGCUGUGGUGGCUAUGGCUAUGGAGGCCUGGGCUGUGGCGGCUAUGGCUGCUACCGGCCAUCUUGCUGUGGAAGGUAUUACUCCUCCGGAUUCUACUAA